CUGGAACUCUUCGUCCACACAUUUAACGAAGUGUAUAUCAGCACAAUGGCAUCAAAAUGGCAAACCACACGUCUCCUUCACGGCGUCCGAGCCAUAUUCGGCGGUCAAGGGCCCCCCUUGAUCCUCAUUCCAGGCUGGCCACAAACAGCGGAGGCUUUCAGCGGCAUCUUCGAGCCCCUUUCCAAGCAUUAUCAGUUUUACGCUCUCGACCCGCCGGGUCUGGGUGAAUCGCCUGCUCCGGCUAAUGGCUACGACACGGCGAACGUGAGCAAAAUCAUGGCUGAAGCGGUGCACGAUCUCCUGAAAGAAAAGCCGUACCAUCUCGUGGGCCACGACGUGGGUGGGUGGAUUGCGUAUCCCUGGGCCGCUCAAUUCCAAUCGAGAAUCAAAUCGCUCAGUAUCCUGGACGCGUCCGUGCCGGGCUUCCUGCCCCCGUUUCAGUUCCCGAUGUCGAACCAGACCAACCUGCGCCUUUGGCAGUUUUCCUUCAAUGCACUUCCGGAGCUACCUGAGAUUCUCACGCAAGGUCGCGAGCGCGAGCUCCUGACCUGGUUCUUCAAUCUGAAGACGGUCCGCGAGGAUGGUAUAUCCAAGGAUCAGUUUGAAGGAUAUAUCCAGGCCUAUUCGAGACCGGGAGCCAUGAGUCGGGGGUUCGAGUAUUAUCGGGCUUAUGAGACAAGUUCGAAACAGAAUCUCGAUUUUGCAAAGACACCACUCGACCUUCCUGUCUUGGCUCUGGGUGGCGCCAGCUCGGUUGGUUCCGGUAUGGUGAAUAUGGUUCAAAGCUUCGCAACGAACGUCUCUGGGGGCGCUGUUGAUGAUUGUGGGCAUUUUCUCCCCGAGGAGCAGCCAUCUGCUGUCACGCAGAAACUGCUGGAGUUUUUGAAGGCAAAUGAAAAGGAGUAGAAUUACAUAGAACACACCCUUCAAUGGAUGGCUGGCUCUUCACCGGCCAUCAUUUUCUCUACAUAGUUCAAAACCGCAUAGUGGAUGUA